UUGAGUUCAGUUGCAGUUUGUUGUCGCGUCGGAGAGCACAUACCAAAAAAUUUCGGCAACCAAAAACGGAUUAAAAUUUUUGAAUGAUUUUUUUUAAAUAAAUUUUAUUACGCAAAAACAAAAACAAAACCAAAAAAUAUUCAAAUCGAAGAAGAAGCAGCAUUUAAUGUGUGAAUGAAAAACUGAAAAACUACACACAUUGAUAAUAUCGAAUAUUGGAACGCACAACGAAACGUAGCACAAGACACACGCACACACAAACCUCUUUACUUAUGGAAUUAAACGCAUAAAAAUGGCACGCACAUAUACACACAUACAACAUAUAUUAAUAAGACAAACAUAAAAAGCGAAAAUUUAUGCAUAAAUACACACAUACAUACAUCUAUGAGUGUAUAUGUAACACAAAAGAACAUUGACAGCAGCGCAAAAACGUUAAAUACAACAUAUGAAACACCGAAAUGGAGCGACAAUAAAUAAUAAUCUUAGCGUGUAAUGUAAUUCGAAAUCGACAUCAAACAACACGUUGUCAUAAAGGUAUAAGAAGUGGUGAUUUGAGUAAGAACUCGAACGCUGCUUUAUGUAUAUCCACACACAUCAAAACUGAACAAUCGACACAAUUGCAUUUCAACGAGACUUACAACAUAUCAAAAGCAUUACGAGCGAAAAAUAACAACAAAAACAAAUGCAAAGCAGAUAAGAAGAGCAUAGCGGAGCGAUAGAGGAUAAAUAGCAAUUAAUUGCAGUAGUUUUACACAUCGGAACACUUUACAACAACUUUAGCAGCGAAAACUAAUAACAGCGGAAACUUUUGUGACGACAAAAACAACAGAAAACACGCCAGCAGCUGAACCAAGAGCUGGCAAACGACGAUAGCGAUAACAAGAACAAUACCAACAACAGCGGUAAUAAUAAACGCAGCAAGGAGCAAUUUCAAAUCAAACAACGACUACUUCUAAUCCUUCAAGAAACACGCACACACACAUACACAUACGCCGCAACAAAUUACACACACACAUACAAAGUUAAUAAACGCAUAUCGAAGAGCACAAACCACACAAACAAAUUCGCGUAAACGACCACACCCACACACGCAGAGAAAUACGAAUAAGUAUAUAGCGGAGCAACUAAACCAAAACAACAGCUAGGCUUUGGUUGGGUGUCGGAAAAACUUAUCCGUUCUCGUUCGUAAAGUCGCGCUAAGUCGCGUCGCAAAGCCACAAAACUGGAGGAGCACGGCGGCGGCAGCGGCGGUGGUGGCGGCAGCGGCAGUGCGAUGAGUUCGAAAGUCAGUUCGCUGGAGGAGAAAGUGAAACUCCCGCCGACGGAGACGAUAAGCCGGUGUUAUCAGCCACCAGGCAAAAAUCGCAAAGUCAUACGCAUCCUCACCGUGGCAGUGUAUGUACUAUGUGUCUCGUUGGCGGCGAUUAUGUUGUCGUUGUACUACAUCUUUAUUUGGGAUCCAACCAUUAGACCCUUUGUCACUAAGGGCAACCAAUGUGACAAAAUUGUGAUACCAGAGAAAAUCGCUAUACGCCUACUCAAUUCAUCAGAAGUCACCGCCGAACAAUUCUACAAACACAUACUUGAACAAUAUCGCAUACUCAAUCAGUUGCAACAGCAGCGACAACAAUUUCUACAAAAACAACAUCUUCAUCUACAACAACUGGCUGCCGCCAACAAAUUUCAAGAAAUCUUCGCCACAGCGACAAUAAUACAAGCGAAUCCCAAUGAUCCGUUACGUAAACCUAUAACACCAACAAAUGGCACCUUCCUGCUGGAUCCAUCACAAGCCAUAGUGAAUAAUCUCGAACCACGUAUACCGAUAUUGGAUACUGCGCAAGCGCCCAUACCUGUGCUGGCACCCGCAUCAGCGCUAGCCACAGCGGUAUCCGCAUCAUCAUCGUCGGCAGCAUUGGCUGCGGCUAGUGCGACUAACGGACAUACCAAACGUAAAUCGCAUCGCAAACACUACAACAACAACAAUCACCAUCGACAUACAUCGCGUAAAAAUCAUCGAAAGUCCAACGCCAUUACGGCUAACGGUAACAACAAUGCGGACAACAAUAAUAACAGCAACAACGAUUACGAGCCCGAACCAUUUGUUGUGGAGUCGCCACCCAUGAAUCCGCCCAUAUUGUCUGUGGUGCAAGAGCCCUAUACCCAGCUGCCCAUACCGUUGGUGUUGAAUUCGCGCGAAGACAAACGUCCAUUAUAUUACACACAUACCGAACGCAGGGGCGGCAGCGGUGGAGCGCGCAAGCGGGCGGGUUACGAGACGCAAACCUACAUGAAUCCGCUACUGACCGGUGAGCUUAUAUUCGAAAAAUAAAGGAUGCAGUUGGAAGGAGGAAUUCCAAAAAUUGUUGAGUUGAGAGAAAUGAAAGAUAUGUGAGACAGAGUGAGGUUAGGUUGAUCUCAAAAUUUUACUUUAGCGAAAGGCAGUUUGAGGGCUUGCAGAGGGAAGUCAAACGUUAGGCAAUAAAGAAUAUAUGGUAUUUGGUAGGGAAAACCGCAAACUAUGUCAUAAUUGGCUCAUAUCAUAGGUAAACAACAAUUACAACAAAAAAAACAACAACAAUAAAAAUACUGCCAUUAUUGCCGCCCCCAAAAAAGCAGUGAUUGCAGCAGCAGCAGUAAAAGCUUGCAAAGCGCAUUUCUACUGCGACUGCGGAUACAACAACAACACUUAACUAUGGAAAAACAGAAAACAAUAAGCAAAUAAACAAAGAGGAAACAACAAACAAACUAGAGCAUAUAUAGCAAAUUUUUGAAUGUGUAGCGAUUAGCGAUAAAAACCAAAAACAAAAAAAAAACCUGAAUAAUAAAAUAUCUAAAAAAUAUAACAACAAAAUAGCAACAAAAAAUCUUAUAUAUCCGUAUACCCAACAACCAAUACACUUGUAAUCGUCUGUAUGUACUGUUUAUACUCGUAUUGUAUGUUUAUAUAUAUAUAAUAUAAUCGGAAAAAAAUUAAAUAAAUAAACCUUCCCGCCUAUACACCAAACUCACACUACACCACUUUAUAUAACUGGUCAUAUGGUUCGUAGCACAUUUCGGCAGCAUAAAAAUACAUGUUCGCAUAGAAGCGCAAUAAAGCGCAUUAAAACGCAUAAAAACGCAUGAAAACGCAUAUAAACGCAUGAAAAGACACGAUAAGGCAGGAAAACGCAUUUAUUCUUCAACACCAAUGGCACCACCACCACCACUCGCUAUCAACUUUUCACACACUUCGCCUUCACCAACGCCACUAGUCACACACACACACACUCACUUACUGAAUCACUUAGCCACUUUUUCAAUCGCCAUGUUCACCACCACUUUCACACACACGCGCGCAUUUACUAGUGAAGAAUUUAAUCACCAAAUCAAAUCAAGUACACCACCAACAAUAAAAAAGAAAAGAAAAAAACAACAAUAAUAACAAAAACCAAAACAAAA